CUGACGGGCAUUACAGUAGACGUUUUAUAGAGCCUAUAAGGACUUUGGCGUUACUCAAACAUUAUUACUACAAGGUUAUACAGGCUACUGCACGAACUGUACAUCUCUUGUAACUUUGUUGUAGAAAAUGACAAACGUCGAUCUCGAUCAGGUUGGAAAGAACUUGUUGAAGAGCGCUGAAACUGGAGAGAGUGUAGAGCUCCAGUCUCUGUGGCAGAACCAGCCGGUGGUCUUUUUCUUCCUGCGCAGGUUUGGCUGUCAGGUGUGUCGUUGGAUAGCAUCAGAGAUCAGCAAACUAGAGCCGAACCUGAGAGCCAGCGGUGUAGCGCUGGUUGGAGUUGGACCAGAAGAGUUUGGUCUGAAGGAAUUCAAGGAAGGCGGGUUUUUCAAAGGAUCCAUUUACAUUGAUGAAGAAAAGAAAAGCUACAAGGAUUUAGGCUUCAAAAGGUACACAGCCAUAAGUUUGGUUCCUGCAGCUCUGGGGAAGAAAGUACGAGAUGUAGCUGCAAAGGCCAAAGCUGAUGGCAUCCAGGGAAACUUCUCAGGAGAUCUGCUUCAGAGCGGAGGCAUGCUCAUUGUUGCCAAAGGUGGAGAAAAGGUCCUAUUGCACUUUAUCCAGGAUUCACCGGGAGACCACCUACCUCUGGAGGAUAUUUCCAAGGCUUUGGGUAUCUCAGCCAAAGUAGAAGAAGGACAGCGGCCAGUGUGCAAUGAUGACGUUUGUACACGAUGAUGACCUCGCUACCCAUUGUACCUGAUGAAUAUAAUAGAAGAAGUGGAAUGUCAUCAAAAUACUAAAGUGAACAUAACACUGCUGGUAGUAUUUCUAAUUGCUUGUAAUUUUUUUGUGACUUUUUUUAAUCUGUAGUGACAUUCCUUUAUAAUGAUUACCUUCAAUUGUAAAAAAAAAAAAAAAAUAAUAAUAAUAAAAUGUCAUGGAUUUUCAACUUUCCUAACACAUACUGAUCAUGAUUGUUUUGUGUUUUUUAAAUUGGCUAUUUAUGAAUUUGCAUGUAUUACUCUGUUUAUAAAAUAAAUAUAUAAAUUAUUUUGUAUGUAUCUAAGUAUAAUAAAGUUUAAAAGCAAAACUUUGCUUCAGUCAGAGAGCAGUUUCAAAGUGGAGUGGGGAUUUAAUAAAGGUGAGAAGAUAUCAAACAUUUUAACAUGGUCUAUUAUGCAAGAUCAAUAGUUUGUUGACCACAAUAAUAAGUGAAAACUCCUAUGGCUCCAUCAUAGGGUUAUACAUCACCAUCAUAGUGCUUCAAUUUACUACCCUUCCACAAAUCUUCACAUUAUUUCUGUUGCAGUGUUUACUCUCCAUCUAUGUGUUCACCUGAGACUUAAAACUGGCUGAUAUUGUCACCCCCACUGUAUCCAAAGUGUCUCUAAACUUUUUUAAUUAAAAUUUUUUUGUGAUGGUGA